GAACUUGAUUUCAAAAUCAUUUUCUGCUCCCUGGUAAGAAUGGCUGCCGGUGCCUCCAUUUUUUUGCCAACAGCGGGGUUAUGCUGAGCCCCUGCUCUCUGGGGACUCGAGUCUCGGUGCCAUCCAAAGGGCCUAAAUGACCAGGUGCCUCGGAGCUGUGCGGGGCAGCAGCGUCUUACUUGUGUCCUUGGGAAAUUCACAGGACCAGAAAUACUACCCACCGGACUUCGACCCCUCCAAGAUCCCCAAACUCAAGCUGCCCAAGGACCGGCAGUACGUGGUGCGAUUGAUGGCCCCCUUCAACAUGAGGUGUAAAACGUGUGGCGAAUACAUCUACAAGGGGAAGAAAUUCAACGCCCGCAAGGAGACAGUGCAGAACGAGGUGUACCUGGGCCUGCCCAUCUUCCGCUUCUACAUCAAGUGCACGCGCUGUCUGGCGGAGAUCACGUUCAAGACAGACCCGGAGAACACGGACUACACCAUGGAGCACGGGGCCACGCGGAACUUCCAGGCCGAGAAGCUCCUGGAGGAGGAGGAGAAGCGGGUGCAGAAGGAGCGGGAGGACGAGGAACUGAACAACCCCAUGAAGGUGCUGGAGAACCGCACGAAGGACUCAAAGCUGGAGAUGGAGGUGCUGGAGAACCUGCAGGAGCUCAAGGACCUGAACCAGCGGCAGGCGCACGUGGACUUCGAGGCCAUGCUGCGGCAGCACCGGCUGUCGGAGGAGGAGCUGCAGCAGCGGCAGCAGGAGGAAGACGAGCGUGAGACCGCGGCUCUCCUGGAGGAGGCUCAGAAGCGAAGGCUCCUGGAGGACUCGGACUCAGAGGACGAAGCUGCAUCAGCCCCACCGGCCCCGCCAGCCCUGCGGCCCCAGCCCACCGCCAUCCUGCAUGAGGCCCCAAAGGCCAGGAGGAAGACGGAUGGCCUGGGCAGCAGGUCGCAGCUCUCUGGCUUGGUGGUGGUGAAAAAGGCGAAGACAGAAGCGGAGGGCGCCGGCCCCCAGCCUGGCCAGGCUCCUCCCGGCUCAGGAGCCCCAGAGAGCAGAGGGGCUGCUGACCCCGCCUCCCUGCCACGCGGUGCCUCCUCCCUGGGCCAGCUGGGAGCCUAUGGGGACAGUGAGGACAGUGACAACAGCGUCUGACCCCACCGUCCCAGCGACAGGCGUCACGGUGCAGGGGUCAUUCCAGAGAGGCAGGAGGCCCCGACACCUCCCACAGCUGCCACGGACUUGUGUCUCUCCUCUCUCUGGCCCUGCUGCCCUUGUGUUACGGCCUGUGCCACCCUGCCCUGUCCCCGGGUCAUCUCCACCCCUUCCACCCACAGAGCCAUCUGGAAGCAAUAAAAGGCUCUGUCUGUGGUCUGGGUGGCUGCUCUGGAGGGCUGGGCCAGCGAGGCCUCUGCUCAAGACCCCAGGGUGCAGACCCAGGGUGUGGUACCGGAUGUGGGGCCGGGUCGGGCCACCGCACAGCUCUGUUAGUGCCAAGCUCAGGUACUGCGUCCGCCUGACUUCUGAGCUGUAACAGAACGGCCGAGCCCCAGGCCUUCACAAAGAGAAGAGGUACCCAGCACCCAGCUCUGCAGGCCCACAUCGUGGCUCCAGGUGUCGCCGUGGGAGUGUGGCAGAGCCGGGCUUGCUUUGUCCUUUGUUUGUAUCUUAACAGUACUAAGGAUGGAACCCAGGGCCUUUGCACUGAGCUACAUCUCCAGCCCUUUAUAUUUCUUGAGACUCAAUCCUGCUAAGUUGCACAGCCUAGGCGCAACUUGUGAUCCUCCUGCCUCAGCCUCCUAGAGUGCUAGAGUGACAGGCGUGUGCUACUAUACCUAACUGGUUUUUGUUUUGUUUUGCUUUUUGCCUUUAGUACCAAGAGUCAAACUCAGGACCUUGCGCUUUUGAGGCAGGCAGCAACUGGAUAUUUUUAUGUUUAAUUCUUGUUUUCCUGGGGCUUUCCUUUCUCACCCGUGUCCUCAGAGCAGCCUUGUCCUUGGCCCCCAGUCCCGAUGUAGGGGCUCCUGACAGUGAGCCGGUAGAGGGAGCGGCUGGGUCUGUGGUUUGUGUCCCGGCUCCCCGGCCCCUCCUGUCAUCCCACAUCCCCCUCCCCUUCCAUGCUCACAGUGCCCGCAGCGCCAGAUAAAGGAGCUGUCACCCUGUCUUCUCGGGGCUGUCAGGCCGCAUCCAGAAUCUCCUCCAUCAGCUCCCCUGGGGCCGCCGCACAUCAGAGGGCUGAGCGUGGGGGACACUGGGGCCCCCUGGGCCCAGCAGGAGAGGGUGCACCUGCCUCGUGCCCGUGCCCAGCACCGCACCAGGCUGUCCCCACUGCCGCCACCAACUGCAGCUGUCACCGCCCCCAACGGGAGCCUCCUCUGCGGCUGGGGCCUUCAUCGCCCUCCCCCGCUGCGCUGCCUGCCGGUCGGAUGGGCCCUCAAAGGUUGCACCGAGCCCCCAGCAGCCCGAACAUCUGAGGGAAGCUCGUGCCUCCACCCGGGUCAGCUGCAGACAGAAGUCAGGCCUUGUCUUCUCAGAUGUACACUCCUUCCCUUGGGCUGGGUCCUCCAAGGGACGGAAUCCUGCCUCUCCCAUCAGCAAGCCAUCAUUUGAGACUCAAGGUUGUGAAUUGGCAAAGGCAGAACUGGGCCAGGGAGACUUGGGAGGCUGAGGCAGGAGGACCCUAAGUUUGAGCUCAGCCUGGUCACGUCAGAAAUACCAUGUCUCAAAGUAGGUAAAAAGGGGUGGGCGUAGCUCAGUGGUUGAGCACCUGUCUGACAGCAGUUCAUCCCCAGUGCUGCAAAAAGAAGAAAAUUAAAAGGCUAUGUCCAGGAGCUCCUAAGAUAGAGCCUCCCACCACUGCCUGUUGGACUAGGACUUUCUCUUUGUUCCGUUUUGCUUUUUGAGACAGAGUCUCACUAUGUAUGUAGCCUAGGAUGGCCUGAAAUUCACAGCAGUC